UUCAACUGUCAAACUAGCAAUUUUUAGGUUUUGUUCUGUUGUAAAUUGUGUUGAUUUUAAUAAAUUUUAGGAAAAGUAAUAAAAUAUGAUUGAAAUAACGUGUAAUGAUCGUUUAGGUAAAAAAGUCCGAGUCAAAUGUAAUCCGGACGACACAGUUGGAGAUCUGAAAAAACUUAUUGCUGCUCAAACUGGAACAAGAUGGGAUAAAAUAGUUUUGAAGAAAUGGUACACUACAUUUAAAGACCACAUUCAACUACAAGACUAUGAAAUCCAUGAUGGAAUGAACAUUGAACUCUACUAUCAAUAGUUAAAUAUGAAUACAUUUAAGUUAGUUAAUAAUUUAUAAUUAUUUUUUAUGAUUUUUGAAUAAAUGUACAUAUUAUA